AUGUUUAGAGAGCUUGUAGACAGAUUGAGUCCCAGAUUAAAAAAACAAGACAAUUGGUUUAGAAAGGUUUUGGAACCUGGAUUAAUGUUGGCCAUUAAACUUCGGUAUUUAGCAACAAGAGAGUCAAACACAAGUCUGAUGUACGGAUUUCGAGUUCCACAUAAUACAAUUUCCUUGCUGGUUCGUGAAGUUUGUGAAAGUAUAAUAGUGGAAUAUGCUGAUAAAGUAAUUGCAUGUCCAACAACAACAAAUGAGUGGCAACAGUUAGCUGAGCAGUUCAGAAUUAGAUGGAACCUGGACCAUGUCCUUGGUGCUUUGGAUGGGAAGCAUAUUGCUAUCAAAUGCCUCCGAAACGAAAGUUCACUUUAUUACAACUACAAAAGGUUCCAUUCCAUCAUUCUUAUGGACCUUGUUGAUGUUGACUAUAAAUUCAUUUGGGUUGACGUAGGUGCAAAUGGUUCUGCAUCAGAUGCUACUGUGUUUGACAACUCAGAAUUAAAAGAUGUCAUCGAAAAUCAUAAUAUUGGAUUUCCAGAAGCUGCCCCUCUACCAAAUGAUAAAAGAAAGCUACCAUAUAUCAUCGUGGGUAAUGACGCCUUCCCGCUCAGGACAUGGUUUAUGAAGCAAGAAGGACUUUGA